GGUUUAAGUGAUGUGUAAGUUUAAAAUUAAGAAAGCCGUUUUGUACAUUAUAAUGAUAGUAGUAAAUGUUUAUUUGUUGCACCUCAGUGGUUGCUAGCUACUAAUGGUGCAUAUAUUAGUUUUAACUUCCAUGAAAGGAAGAUGAGAUAUGGGCUUGUUUGCUUCCCAAGUAGAAAUCUGGGGUUUACUCAGUCUCUUUGCAGAGAAGCAUAACUGCAUGGAUGGUAACCCACUGAAAGAUAGGUGUCAUUAUUACUGUUUAUGUCUUCAUUUUUUAACUUAAUGUAAUAUUGUUGUUCAGAUCAUUACAUGUAAUUUUUGACAAUUUCAAGUCUCAGAAUUUCCUAAAUGAAUUGUGAAAUUACAUUACGCAGCAGUAACCAGUAUGAAGACAAAAAUAAUGCAAGAAGCAUUAUGAGAAGAUGAGGAUUCUAAAUAAGUAUAGAUACCUAAUUAAGAUAAUACCUUGGGCCGGGCACUGUGGCUCACGCCUGUAAUCCCAGCACCUUGGGAGGCCAAAGUGGGCGGAUCACCUGAGGUGAGGUGUCCAAGACCAGCCCGGCCAACGUGGUGAAACCCCAUCUCUACUAAAAAAAAAAAAAAAUACAAAAAUUAGCCAGGCAUGGUGGCGGGCACCUGUAAUCCCAGCUACUCAGGAGGCUGAGGCAGGAGAAUUGCUUGAACCCGGGAGACGGAGGUUGCUGUAAGCCAAGAUCGCACCAUUGCACUCCAGCCUGGGCGACAAGAGGAAAACUCUGUCUCAAAAAAAAAAAAAAAAAGAUAAUACCUUGGCUGGGCAUGGUGACUCUUGCCUGUACUCCCAGCACUUUGAGAUUACAGAGGCAGAGGUGGGAGUAUUGCUUCAGGCCAGGAGAUCAAAACCAGCCUAAGCAACAUAGUAAGACUCUUUCUACAAAAAAAAAAAAAAAGUUAUGCCCUACCUACCUUGUAUUGAAAAAAAUAAAAGAUUUCCAAGAUUAAAAUAUUUUGUCAUUGAAUUAAGACAGCAUAAAUCCAAAAGUUACCAUUAAAAUAGAGGUAACUGCUGUUUCCAUUUGUUCUGUAGUGAAAGAAGAGUUAAGAACUACUGUAUUUUAAGUCAGUGGGUGAAAACUUUGGAAGAUAAUUUGAAAUAACCUGUUACUAACAAAAACAGUAAAAAUAAAAAACUUGAAGAUAUUAAAGACUGUGAUGAGCAUAAAAAGAAAUAAUGAAAUAGGUACAGAUGCUGAAACUCAAUACUGAUGAAAUUUGAGUGAAGAAAUACACAGUUUUUUGUGGUAUAUAUGUAUGUACCAUGGAAUAUAUAUAAAAAGGAACAAAAUAAUGGCAUUCACAGCAACCUGGAUGGAGUUGGAGACCAUUACUCUAAGUGAAGUAACCCAGGAAUGGAAAACCAGACCUUGUAUGUUCUCACUUAUAAGCGGGAGCUAAGCAAAGGCAUAAGAAUGAUACAGUGGACUUUGGGGAUGGGAGGGGUGAGAGGGGGUUGAGGGAUAAAAGACUACACAUUGGGUGCCGUGUACACUGCUCGGGUGAUGGGUGCACCAAAAUCUCAGAAAUCACCACUGAAGAACUUACCCGUGUAACCAAACACCACUUGUUUCCCAAAAACCUAUUGAAGUAAAAAUAAAUUGAGGGGAAGAAAAACAAUAAAAUUACAAUUAGUUAAAAAAAAAAUACGCAUGUUAAAAAGAGGUUUAUAUUCUUAUUUUUCUCCUAAAUUGCAGGUAUAUACUUUAAAAAUCUUUAAAAAAAAAAAAAGAUACAAGAUCUGGCUAUGUUGCCCAGUGCAGUGGCUAUUAACAGGCACAGUUAUAGCACACUACAGCCUGCAACUCCCGACUCAAGUGAUCCUCCCUCCUCCGCCUCCCAGUAUGAUGGGGGAUGAUGAAGAUGCCUGUAGUGACACCGAGACCACUGAAGCCAUGGCGCCAGACAUCUUAGCCAGGAAAUUAGCUGCUGCUGAAGGCUUGGAGCCAAAGUAUCGGAUUCAGGAACAAGAAAGCAGUGGAGAGGAGGAUAGUGACCUCUCACCUGAAGAACGAGAAAAAAAGCGACAAUUUGAAAUGAAAAGGAAGCUUCACUACAAUGAAGGACUCAAUAUCAAACUAGCCAGACAAUUAAUUUCAAAAGACCUACAUGAUGAUGAUGAAGAUGAAGAAAUGUUAGAGACUGCAGAUGGAGAAAGCAUGAAUACGGAAGAAUCAAAUCAAGGAUCUACUCCAAGUGACCAACAGCAAAACAAAUUACGAAGUUCAUAGACGAGAUUUGUUCAACACUGCAAUUGUUUGUUAGAUGUAAACCCUGUGACUAUAGUACGUUGCUUCUUGUUCUUCACAAUUCAUGACUUAAGUACCAAAAUGCAUACCAGUUAUUAUAUAUUGCCAAGAAUUAAAUGAUAAACUUAGAGACUGAUUAGACUGAAAAUGCCUAAUCGAUAUAUAUAUUCUUGUGCCUAGUACUUUACCACAAAUACAGUGUAAUAUCAUCAGUCCAAAACUGCAUUACUUUUGUAAAAACACUGGUUAAUUUGUAUAAGAUAUUAUAGAGCUUUUUAUGCUUUAGAAGUUAAACAAUAUCUUUGGGGGGGAACUAAUUUAUUUUCAUCACUUGAAAUGUGGUAGCUCUUACAAAGUUUAUUGAUUUGAUUUUUUUAAAAAUCAAAAGCCAAUUGAACAACAGGAUAUAUAGACUGAUAAAUAUUCAGGCUGAAUAGUAUUUUAACACUUGUCUUCAACUUGAUUUGUCUGUUUAAUUGAAAAGAAUUAUAAGAGUUACUGUUGCAUUUUCUGACCUACUAUUUUUAAAAUUCCUGUUGAGUUUCUUUGUGUUUACAGGGAAAGGACUGAACUUUUUCUCAUCAAAACUAGCUUUUUUCCCCACAAAUAAAUUAUCAGGUUAAACUUUCA